GUUUGUUUUAGAAGGAAUAGGGACACCCUUCCUCACCAUGGCAGCGGGCGAAACUGAACCGAUUUGGCAGGAGGUCCGAGCCCCAAGGAAUGAAAACGGGAGCGCAUCAACCUUCCGAAACCUGAGCGCAGCUCCAGAGCUCGGGCGCAACUACGCUUUGAAGUUCGAGCGGGGCUACUACAAAGCAUCGAAAUAUGCGUCGCAGAUGCAGUGGCAGGGUGACCACGCAGGAACCCUUCGAAACCUUAGUGCCGUCGCUCUCGUGCGGCGGGGGGUGACCAAGCUGUGGCAGUUUGACUAUGCAGGGGCCCUCCAAGACCUGGACCAAGCCAUGACAGACGAAGCAUUGAAACUCCAUCCCAACUAUGUGUUCGCUCUUAUUAUCCGGGGUUGGAUCAAGCAGUCACAGGGUGACCACGCAGGAACCCUCCAAGACCUGGACGAAGCAUUGAAACUCAAACCCAAUUAUGAAAUCGCGCUCGCGAAGCGGGGGGAGACCAAGCGGAUGCAGGGUGACUACGCAGGAGCCCUUCGAGACCUGGACGAAGCAUUGAAACUCAAACCCAAGUAUGGUUUCGCUCUUACAUGCCGGGGGGCGACCAAGCAGUUGCAGGGUGACCACGCAGGAGCCCUCCGAGACCUGGACGAAGCAUUGAAAUUCGAGCCCAACCAAGCGGAUGCUCAGGGUGACUACGCAGGAACCUUCCGAGACCGACGAAGCAUCCAACAAUGCCCUGGCUCUUACGCGCCGGGGUGAGGUCAAGCGGCUGCAGGGCGACCACGCAGGAGCCCUCCGAGACCUGCACGAUGCUUUGAAGCUCGAACCCAACCAUGCUGUUGAGGCCGUUGCCCUGAAGAUGUUGCAAGUGCUGCCACUGGAGACAAGGUGGCUUAAUUUCACAAAACCAGGCAGUUUGGAUGUUUGGCAGGCUUGUCCAAUGAUUGAACUAAAGAGAUGGGCAAUUAUUGGAGCUGGUCCUGUUGGCCUUGCUUUGGUGUCAGCACUUGCGGAGUCUUUUGCAAACUCGGGAUAUAGCACGGACGAGUAUUCCAUUCAUCUCUAUGAAAGUCGUUGGAUCCAGCGGAGGCAAGGAGAGUCCAAGUGGAAGAGGAGGGAAGGAUUUCCUGCCAGAGGUCAAGUCGUCACUUUGCAAGAUUCUGUUGUCAAUUUGUUCAGCGAAAGAGUGCGGCUCUGCUUCGAAGGUGAGCGGGUUUGGUCCAGCUCCAGGAACGUGCCAAUAUCCGAGAUUGAAGACAAAUUGCUUGCAAAUAUACAGGACGAGAACUUUGGUGGUUCACACUACGUAGCAAUCCACAGAUACAGGACACAUUCAGAGCUCCAAACCCAUGCUUCAUGGAUCGAGGGGCUGGAUGCAGACAUUGUGGUGGGUGCUGACGGAGGUGCGUCAAUGACACGGAGGGCAUUCAAAGGUGCCUUUGUUUCGCCCCAAGCCUCGGGUGCCAAUGUAGAGGAGGAGCGCAUCCGACUGGGGGAGGCAGACAGCCAGCUUGUUGGGCAAGAUUACGCUUUGGGCAUUGCUUUGCGUGAAGACCGCCAGCCUCCCCAGCGGCAAGCUUUGAAUGUGAUAUUCACCCUGGCCCAAAAUAUGUACCUGCGGAACUCUAAAGGUGGUUCACAAGGGUUUCUGAACAUCCGGCUCACCAAAGAGGAGUACGACGAGAUUUUUCGGGCAACAAAUAAACAAGGUUGUGCUUUUGGAUCUCCCAUAGACCUUGUUGGAUCAGAUGAUUAUGUUACAGAUGAAGUGGUGCCAACCAGGGCAAGAACACAAGUGCGUAAUUUGCCAUGGUUGCGGCGAAGGAUCGAUGAAGGCCUCAAGUUGUUCAACAUGCGACCACAAAACCAAGACAUCAUCACGGGUUUUUUGCUGGCGCCCGCUUACGUGCAGUGUUUUUAUCAUGCACUUCCUCAAGCGACGCAUCGCAAAGUGUUGCUUUUGGCGGGUGACGCGGCAAUUUCGCAUCAUUUUUGGCCAGGCCGUGGACUGAACACAGGCCUCAAGAGUGCAUUUGCGCUUGUGAAGAUGUUCAGCAUGCCCUUGGUUGCACAAGGUGUGAAACAGUACAACACCUUCAUGGAGAGACUUCGCGAGCGUGAGAUGCAGGGGCGAUCUGCUCCUAUGAUGCGAAAGGAUAUGCAACUCCACUGGCAAGAUACGCUAUUGCCACGUGAGCCCACCUUUUUCCAACGUUUGAUGGGACAAGGGGGCAGUGUGGAAAGAGCCCAACAGUUUGCCAACAUGGCCCAAAGGGACUAUGAAACAAAUUUGGCAAACUUCGUGGACAAUUGCAAAAAGUGGCGGACCUUUUUGGAGGGGCAAAGCGGAUGGCCCCAUGAUGAAGUCACCGAUGAUGAAUUGAACAUUCUGACAACCGCUUCGAGGAGACCACGGCCUUUGGAGUUGCAGCUCAUGCUUUCCAGCGCUUUUACAAGCUAUGAGGAGGGUCGCCAACCCGCAGCGGGGUGGCCAACAUCAUUGCAGCGUGGCCGUGAAGUUGAUCCAGGCGAAGAUACCUACUGGAACUGACAGUCUCUCAUCUGCGAUGCACAAGCUGCGUAGUGC